ACACCAGCAGUGACCGGCAAAGGUUCAGAAGCUGCGGAGAAAUCAGAAUGCGGAAUGCAUCCGUUCAUUUAACGAGAGAGAGUGGGAAAAAACAUGCAUUCAGAUGCAUAACAGCAUGCGUCCAGUCAAGAAGCCCCUUUGCUGCCUUUUACUGGUGACGUUGCCUCUAGGAAUUUUUUUCCUUUGUCUCUGGCCGCUGAAACCGUACCACAUUGUGGAUGUGAAGUACCGAAUUCCCAGUAUUUCGGAGAACUUUCUGGAACACGGACUUUGGGAGCCCUCUGAUAAAUAUGCCCACAUUUCCUUCAAAGUGAAAGAGAUGGUGGCUGGGCUACUUCCAAAGAAUGACUGCAGUUGUGAUAAAGGGGAGCCCGUGCUGAAGCUGCCGUUCACCAGGCACCUUUUCCAUCAGGUUUCUGUCCACCAGUUUCAGCAGGUCUUCAAAGAGGCAGAGCGAGAGGAACUGAAGAAAAGGAGGCAGCAGGAAUAUCAGCGUUUUCUAGAGAGGUCCCAUUCCCCCGCUGACGUGAUGAUCAUUGCGAAAGCCAACACCCCUUUGGAGUACCCCACGCAAGGGCUGCAAGUGCGGCCCCUGAAAACCAUUGUGAUACCAGGUUUAAGUUUACAAGCUCCAUCUAGGAAACUGUAUCGGGUGAAUCUAACAGCAACUUUGGGAACUUUUGACGUGGCAGCUGAGGUCGAUGAGGUGAAAAUCGAAGGUGUAGGGCAGAUGCAUCUGUCUCUGUCGAGCUCGCGAGUGGACAACCUGAACCGCCAGCUCCAGUUUGUCACGUACACCAACACCGUCUUCAACCCCAACACGGCUGACACAGUGCAGCUGGAAACUGAUGGACACCAGGCUUUUUUUGUCAUCAAAAUCCGACAUGCCACCAUCCCAAAACUAUACAGCUCCGGAGACCAGCCAGGAUAUAACGUCAGUGCAUUGGUGACUAUAGCAACCAAAACAUUCUUAAGGUACGACAAGCUGAGGGAGCUGAUAUCGAGCAUUAGGAAGUUUUAUCCCAAUGUCACCAUUGUAAUCGCAGAUGACAGCAACAAACCACAAAAGAUUGAAGGACCGUUUAUUGAGCAUUACAUCAUGCCAUUUGGGAAGGGUUGGUUUGCUGGACGGAACUUGGCUAUCUCCCAAGUCACAACCAAGUAUCUACUCUGGGUCGAUGAUGACUUCAUUUUCACUGCAAAUACCAAAGUUGAAAAACUAGUGGACAUUUUGGAGAAAACAACCCUGGACUUGGUUGGAGGGGCAGUACGAGAGAAAACUGGCUUUGCCACCACUUUCCGGCACCAGAUCAGCGUGGAGCAAGGGGGAGAGGAAGGCGACUGCCUACACACUCGUAUGGGUCACUACCACAUCUUGCAGGGCUUCCCGAAUUGUGUGGUCACCGAUGGUGUGGUCAACUUCUUCCUGGCCCGCACGGACAAAGUGCAGCGGGUGGGGUUUGACCCCAGGUUAACGAGGGUGGCACAUUCAGAGUUUUUUAUUGAUGGACUGGGCCUUCUCCAUGUUGGGUCAUGUGACGACGUCACUGUGGAUCACGCCACCAAGAUCAAACUGCCCUGGAGCAAGGCCGAUGAAAAUGAGAAAACCUACAAAGAAUUCCGAUAUCCCAAGUCGUCAGAGGCAAACGUCCAGCUGAAGCAUGGGCUUUUUUACUUGAAAAACAGGUUUAAGUGUAUGAUCAAGAACUAAGACCAGGGACCACACUGAAGAAGGGGAAAGAAAGAGACUCCGAAACUAAUCUUUAAUGUCGUGCCUGAUGUCAAGAGAGCUAAGAACUCUUAAAGAAUUGAGCAAAAUGCUCCAGUGUUUAGGAUUAGGGCCUAAGUUUUACAUAACAGUCACCUCAUGAAGAGCUUUAAGAAAAGCUGGAACUUAGAUUGUAAAGGCUGCUAAAGAUGGAAUUCCAGAGCCAAGAACUAAGAAUUCUUUUUUUAAAACUGGCUGAGUUUUAAAAGUAGUUGUGUUUCAAGUCCAUUUCUGAGUCUGAGAUAACUUAACCCUGUGUUCGAUCGUGUUCUACCAUGCCAAUCACUUGGUUAUCACAAGCUAGAUGUUAGAAUUGACCUGUUCCAGACUCAGUUACUAUAAAAGCCUUUCUCCCACGUUCAAAGUUAAUAAUGCAAUUUGCCAGAAUAAAUGACUCUUUAGUGAUUAA